AUGGGUACUUUACCGUCUGUAAUAGUAUCCUCAAGCUUCGCUUUUGAUACUUGCGGAAUUGAUUUCGCUGGGCCCUUUUUAAUUGCUAGCAGAAAGGGUCGUGGCAGUAAUAUAACCAAAUGUUUCCUUGCACUGUUUGUUUGUCUUCAAACAAAGGCUCUGCACUUAGCGACGGUGAGCUCAAUGUCUAGCGAUGCUUUUCUUCUUUGCCUGCGCAGGUUUGUGUCUCGUCGGGGCAGACCUCAAGUAAUUUACUGCGAUAAUGGUACUAAUUUUGUGGGUGCAAAGAAUGAAUUAGGUAGGGUUAUUAAAGCCAGCCGUCAGUCCGUGUCCGAUUACGCAAGCGCUGAAAAGAUUAAAUUUGUAUUCAGUCCCGCAUACGCACCUCAUUUCGGAGGAAUCUGGGAGGCUGGUAUUAAGUCAGCAAAGAGCCAUUUAAAACGUGUAGCAAGCAAUGCUUCUCUGACGUUUGAGGAACUGGCGACGCUUUUUACCCAAAUAGAAGCAAUCCUUAAUUCCCGCCCGCUAUCUCCUCUUUCGUCAGAUCCCACUGAUCUAUAUCCAUGGACUCCAGGACACUUUUUGAUUGGGCGACCUCUGAUGUCGGUACCGUCACUGCCUGUCACCACUAAAAGGCCUAACAGAUAUGAGUUUAUUGAGCAGCUGAGACAACACUUUUGGGAGCGUUGGCGCAGGGAGUUCAUCGCUGAGCUCCAGCAACGAACGAAAUGGCGAACUCGGCAGCGUGACCUUCAAAUCGGCGACAUGGUUGUCCUGAAAGAAGACCAAUUACCUCCUCUACGAUGGCGCCUUGGGCGCAUUACUCGAUUGUACCCUGGUCCAGAUGGCAUAAACAGAGUAGCAGAUAUCUUCACAGCAAAAGGAACCAUGAGGAGAGCAUUCAAUAAAAUAUGCCUUCUUCCAACAUCUCCGAAUGCCUAA